UCUGCACGGCCCCGACCUCCCCAACAUGGCGGCGGGGAGGAGCCGCCCACCCUCGCCGCGCUGUCGUAACGGCGCCGCGCUUGGCGGCAGUGCCGUAAGGCGCCGCCGGCGGCGGAGCGGGGCCGCCAUGGACCGGAGGAAGAAGCCGCUGGACGUGGCCGCCUCCUCGCUGGUGGACCUCAAAGCAGAACUCUUCCGAAAGCAAGAAGAGUUCAAGAAAGAAAAGCUAUUGAAAGAUGCUGGCGUCUUUGCAAAGCCCAAACCCCUUAAUAAGAAACCAAAUAUCUGGAGCAAACAAAACACAGGAGUUGCAAAUCGAGCUCAGAAAGAUGUUGAGCAGAAGGCAGAAGAGGAUCAGACGUUAGAUAAAGCAAGGAAGAAACUAGAAGAGAAAGCCAAGCUGUAUGAGAAGAUGACAAAAGGCGACUUCCCAGAUGAAGAAACUGAAGAUUUGUACCUAGUGGAUUUCACUCAGAAGAUCAUAGACAAACAGCGGGAAGUACAGGAAGUGUAUCAGAACGAAGCUGCUAAAAAGAUUUUAGAAAAAGAGACAGAUGAUGAGGAACCUGAACCCGAAAUCGAAAUACCACCACCAGAGGACCCAGAUGAAGAAUGGGUUGAUUAUGUUGACUCCUUAGGCCGAUCUAGGCGUUGUAUGAAGAAGGAUUUGCCAAGUCUACUUAAACUGGAUCAGGAACUUCAAGGGAAAAGACUAGACCCUGAUGGGAAUACUCUGUUAUCUGAAGAUAUGAAGAGAGAACUUCAGAGACAGCAGUGGGAAAAAGAAGAAGAAGAAGCCCUCAGAAAACCCAUGGGACCCAUACAUUAUGAGGACAUUAGAGAAAAUGAGGCCAGGCAGCUUGGUGUUGGUUACUUUGCCUUUUCUCGUGACCAAGAGCUUAGACAUAAGCAACGGGCAACACUGGAUAUGCUGAGAGAGCAGACACUUGAUCAAAGAACUAAACGUGAACAGAUAAAAGAAAAAAGGAAGGCAGCUCUAGAAGCCAGGCUGUCUAAACUUCGAGCACGGAAGGUUAAGAAAUUAAGGGAAGAUGGGUUAGAGGAAGAGGCAGCCAAACUGGAGAACGGAGAGGUGAAAGAUGCUACUGGUCCAGUACAAGCUGAACAGGAGGCUCCGAGAGUUACUGCAGCAAGUAGAAAGGUUGAGGUUGUCAUCCAGGAGAGAAGAGAUACAAAGCCUGGCGUGCCUUAUGUCCGUGAGUGGGAUAAAGGCAAAGAACUGAUGUUUGGACAAUGGUCAAAGAAGCAGGAAGAACUCAGAGAUGAACGAGAUCCAGAAUUUGCACCACCUUCUGAUUAUUUUGUGGGACAAAAGAAAGAUGAUGAUUACAGAAGCCAGAACUUGAACAGUCCUGAAACCACCUUUGAAAAAUCAGAACCAGAAGCUUCACAAAACCAACAGAAGCCAUCAGCGCAGGCCAACACCAGCAGCGCUGCAGUUGUGCCACCAUCAGUGCAAGCUUACAGCAAUGAUGUUCAAGAUAAAUCAGCAUCAGCGGAGGCCUCUGGCAGCGACAGUGAAGACGGGUCAACAUCAGAGACUGACAGCAGCGAUGAUCAGGAAGGGCUGCCGUCAGCGCACGCUUACACCUGCGGUGCUCAAAACAUGCCACCUCCAAUGCACGCUUACGGCUACGGUGCUCAACAUGUGCUGCCACCAGUGCAGUCUUACGGCUACGGCAUUCAUGAUAUGCCAUUUCCAAUGCAGACUUAUGGCUACGGUGCUCAGCACGUGCUGCCAGCAAUGCAGGCUUAUGGUUACGGCGCUCCAGAUGUGCCGUUUUCAAUGCAGGCCUAUGGCUAUGGCACGCAGGACGUGCUGCCACCAGGGCACAGCUGUGACUGCAGUGCUCAAGACGUGCCACCACCAGGGCACACGUGCGACUGCAGCACCCAAAAUUUGCAGCCACCAGGGCACACCGGUGACUGCAGCACCGAACACUUGCAGCCGCCAGGGCAGAGCUGCGACUGUAACACCCAAAAUUUGCAGCCGCCAGGGCACACCUGUGACUGCAGCACUCAAGAUGUGCCGCCACCAGGGCAGGCUUGUGACUGCAGCGCUCAAGAUGUGGCACCGCCUGGGCUGUCAUACAGUGGUGACACUCAAAAUCAAGCACCACUUUACCAAAGUUUAGAUGAUAUGCUGUCUUAUUACAGACAAGUGACUUAAACGGAGCAAAAUAAUAAGAAUCAUAUUUUAAAGAACUAAAAUCAAAUUAUCUGUCGGCAAGAAUAUUUUCCUACAUCUGGGAAAAAUAAAUAUCUGUAAGUAGAUGGAAAUAAAUCUCCUGGAGACCUAGGCUAUGUUACAUCAGAGCUGUACUUUUUCCCUGUUGAUUCUCUUUUUUUUCCCUCUAUUAAAAUUCUUUAGCAUUGCUUA